CCACCGAAGGCUUCCAGCCUUGGCCAGUCACCUGCCCCUGAGGUCAUAGACCACACACUCCCAUGUCUCGCCUCUGCUUGCUUUGGAACAGACUGUGUAUAGACACCAGGCUACCACCACCCUGGAGGUGAAAGCCAUGCUCGGACUUUAGUAUUUCCCCCGUGGUGUCUCAGCCUAGUUUCUCUUCCCACUUGGACACGAUGUUUGCCAAUUCUUCAGCCAACGCCUCUGCUACCGACAACAGCUCGGUGUCCCAGUGCCGUGACUACCAGGGCACACACCGUCUGCAUAUGGUGGUCUACAGCCUGGUGCUGGCGACCGGCCUCCCCCUGAACGCUCUGGCCCUCUGGGUCUUCCUGCGUGUGCUGCGCAUCAACUCGGUAGUGAGCGUGUACAUGUGCAACCUGGCGGCCAGCGACCUGCUCUUCACCCUGUCGCUGCCCCUGCGCCUCUCCUACUACGCCCGGCACCACUGGCCCUUCUCGGGCUUCCUGUGCCAGACGUCUGGCGCCGUCUUCCAGAUGAACAUGCUGGCCGUGUACGGGUUGCUGCGAGCCGACCUGGUGGAGUCCAGCCCUGAGGCCCGCGACCGGGUGCGCGGUGUGCUGAUGGUGAUGGUGCUGCUGGCCGGCGCCAACUGCGUGCUCGACCCGCUGGUGUACUACUUCAGCGCCGAGGGUUUCCGAAACACCCUUCGCGACCUGGGCACCGCGCUCCAUACCAGGCCCUUGGCUACCAAUGGGGCUAGAGGGGUGCUCACCGAACCACCCUCGGAAACCACCCAAAACACCGGGCAGGAUGCCACCAGUCAGGGGCUACUCCAGCCCGCCAACCUGGCAACACCCGUCACCCAGUGCCCCCAGGAUUCAGCCCUCUGAAAGGGCUAAGUGUCAGUCACACUGUAGGCUUGGGCCUCCCUCGAAGGUUUAGGGUGUGCAUUUGAGGGAGGCGGGCUGGGAACUUGGACGUUGAAGCAACUCCAGUCCUAGUGUGCAGAAGGAACGGGUGUGUGUGUGUGAGCAAGGGUAGAGGGAAGGAAGAGCGUUGGUGGAGACUGUGGUAGCCUCUGGUUUUUAUACAGGGGAACCCUGCUCCAGUUAUGUAGGAAGCCAGGAGGUGAGCAUGCCCAUGACUGAGAGCUAGCGCAUGGAGCACAAGAUGGGUCUCCUGGGUUUAGGUCGUCAGUCUGAGAACUGAAGGUCCUCGGUGACUCAAGGACACAGAAGUUCAUCUGUCAUCUUCAAAAACAAAGCAAAACUCGGGGCUGGUGGUGGAACUUGGAAUCCACUGCCUGCACAUGCUGGGCCAGACGUUCCCACUGAACUCCAUCCCAGCCCCCGCCACGGCCUUCUGUUCUGACUUGAGGGCUGUGCACACCGUGGCGCCAGCCCUCACUUCCACUUGGUUUCCCUGCGCAGGUGGGAGGCAAAUACAAAGUUUUAUUUGACUUGCACUGACCUGUUUUGUGACUUGUAGCAGUUUAGACUUGACACCCAGUAUGAGGUGGUUGGG